AUGGCUAUCAUCGGUGCUGGCUUUGAUGACCAUUCCUUUAGCAGUGAUGAGAGUUACAACCACCUCUUCAUAGACACAGAGAACACUGUAGUCAAAGGCUUGUACUACCAGCGUGUUCAGCUGCUCCGUGGGCGUGAUGCCUCUUGGUUUGUGGAUCCUUCCUUGCGGGCCCUCAUCAAUGUGGGAGCCUUUCAAGUGAUCUUCAACUUCCUGGGACGUGGGAAGCUCCGCGUGCUGCAGGAUGUCUGCAAUGUAGCUCUGCAUACUGAGCUGCUGUACUGGGGCAUGGAUGUAGGACAGAUGGCACCCUGCUGCCACCACCGCAUGAUGUGCUCUGUGGAUGAGGUGAUGCAGCACCAGCUCAAGGAGGAAGAGUGGAGGGAGAGGAGAAGAGUGAUGAGAGCAAAUGCAGAGCAGGGAAGCUUCUUCCACAAGCUGGGAGAAGCAGUGGAGAACCCCCACUCUGGUUUUGCAGGCAAAGUGUUUGCCUUCAUAUCUGUCAUGAUGGUUGUGGUCACUGUAGUCAGCCUGUGCAUCAGCACCAUGCCAGACCACCAGCAGCAAGAAUCUAUGGGUGAAUGCUCUCAGAAGUGCCGAAACAUGUUCUUGGUAGAGUCGAUUUGCGUGGCUUGGUUCACCUUGGAGUUUCUGGUGCGAUUUUUCCAUGCACAGAGCAAGCUGGAGUUCAUUCAGGGACCACUCAACAUCACUGAUAUAGCCGCCAUCUUGCCCUACUAUGUUUCCCUGUUUCUUGAGUUUAAGGACGAAACACUGCACGAUAUUGUUGCUGGUGCAGGGAAGAGCACUCUAGAUAAACUGGGUCUAAUCCUGCGCGUGAUGAGGGCCCUGCGUAUCAUGUAUGUCAUGAAGCUGGCCCGUCACUCUAUGGGUCUGCAGACUCUGGGGCUGACCAUGCAGAGAAGCGUGACUGACUUUGGCCUGCUGCUGCUCUUCAUCUGUGUCGCCGUGGCCCUCUUUUCUCCCCUUGUCCACCUUGCUGAAAGUGAGCUGGCUCCAAAUGCUGCUAGAACCCCCCAGCUAAAGUUCAGCAGCAUCCCAGCAUCAUACUGGUGGUCCAUCAUCUCCGUGACCACCGUGGGGUAUGGAGACAUGGUGCCACACAGCAUUCCCGGCCAAGUGGGGGCGCUAAUCGUCAUCUUAGCAGGGAUCCUCAUCCUGUCUUUCCCUUCCACAUCUAUCUUCCACACCUUUAACCGCACUUACAAUGAACUUAAAGAAGAGCACAAGAGGCUGUGGAAGGAAGAGAGGGGUGCUGAGCUUGCCACUGAGGCUGAAGAAAGCAUGAAAGAAAGAGAAACAUGGCCUGAUAAUUGGAAUGAAACUGAUUUUCUGCCUGAUCUAGAUGAUAAUUAUUACCUCUUCAUGAAAGACAUUCAAAUGCUGGAUAAGAACACAAGCCAUCAACCACUUAUUGCUCCUGCUACAUUUUGA